GGGUUUGGGGAUAACCUGAGCUCACCAAUCGCAUCAACCGAAGAAGCCCGAAACGAGUGGCGAACGCUUACUUUCCUAUAAAAGGCGACCACUGUAAGUGUUGGCACUGGUUCGACCUCAUUUCUAGGGCAAACAAAAAACCUAAAAGCAAAGUCUCUCUCCCUCUCUCUCUUGCGUGUUCUGCUACUCUGCUCCCGCGGGAAGUCGCGAGAAGGCGAUGGCGGCUUCUGCGAUGCUUGGGGCGAUAAGGAGGCGUGCGCUCCCUCUUCGUUCUUCUCCAUCUCUCGGCUACCUUUGCCGCUCCGUUAACAGCUCAAGCAGUUCAUAUGGAAGUUCCUUUUCAUACCACAGAUGGAUGAGAGCCUUCAGCUCAAAACCUGCUGGAAAUGAUGUCAUUGGAAUUGAUCUGGGUACCACUAAUUCUUGUGUAGCAGUUAUGGAGGGCAAGAAUGCAAAAGUGAUAGAAAACUCUGAAGGUGCACGGACUACCCCAUCGGUUGUUGCUUUCAACCAGAAAGGAGAGUUGCUUGUGGGAACUCCAGCUAAGCGUCAAGCAGUAACUAAUCCAACAAAUACACUCUUUGGAACCAAGCGGCUUAUAGGAAGACGUUUUGAUGAUCCGCAAACUCAGAAAGAGAUGAAGAUGGUUCCUUACAAGAUUGUAAAGGCACCCAAUGGGGAUGCAUGGGUUGAAGCAAAUGGACAGCAGUACUCACCAAGUCAAAUUGGUGCCUUUGUUCUCACAAAGAUGAAGGAAACUGCAGAGUCAUACCUUGGCAAAUCUGUUAGCAAGGCUGUGAUCACUGUUCCUGCUUAUUUCAAUGAUGCUCAAAGGCAGGCCACAAAAGAUGCAGGAAGGAUUGCAGGACUUGAUGUGCAGAGAAUUAUUAAUGAGCCAACAGCUGCUGCACUUUCUUAUGGAUUAAACAAUAAGGAGGGCCUAAUUGCUGUCUUUGAUCUAGGUGGUGGAACGUUUGAUGUCUCAAUACUGGAGAUCUCCAAUGGUGUAUUUGAGGUCAAAGCAACAAAUGGUGACACCUUUUUGGGUGGGGAAGAUUUUGACAAUGCAUUGCUGGAGUUCCUAGUGAGUGAGUUCAAGAGAACUGAGGCAAUAGAUCUUUCAAAAGACAGAUUGGCUUUGCAAAGGCUUCGAGAAGCAGCAGAGAAAGCAAAAAUAGAGCUGUCAUCAACGGCCCAAACGGAGAUCAAUCUGCCAUUCAUUACAGCAGAUGCAUCUGGUGCAAAACAUUUGAAUAUCACACUGACAAGGUCUAAGUUUGAGACCUUGGUCAAUCACCUAAUUGAGCGAACAAGAAAUCCUUGCAAGAAUUGCUUGAAGGACGCGGGCAUAUCCACUAAGGAUGUUGAUGAAGUUCUUCUGGUUGGUGGAAUGACACGAGUUCCAAAAGUUCAAGAAACUGUCACAGAGAUCUUUGGCAAGAAUCCAAGCAAAGGAGUUAAUCCUGAUGAGGCAGUGGCAAUGGGUGCUGCAAUUCAGGGAGGCAUACUUCGUGGUGAUGUGAAGGAGUUGCUUCUCUUGGAUGUUACUCCACUGUCACUUGGUAUUGAGACCCUUGGUGGUAUUUUCACAAGGUUGAUCAACAGAAACACCACCAUUCCAACAAAGAAGAGUCAGGUCUUCUCCACCGCUGCAGACAACCAGACUCAGGUAGGUGUGCGGGUAUUGCAAGGAGAGCGUGAAAUGGCUGCAGACAACAAGCUCUUGGGUGAAUUUGAGCUUGUAGGAAUUCCUCCAGCACCCAGAGGCAUGCCCCAGAUUGAGGUUACAUUUGACAUUGAUGCCAAUGGGAUUGUCACUGUUUCUGCAAAGGACAAGGCUACUGGAAAGGAGCAGGCCAUUACAAUCCGGUCCUCAGGAGGCCUCUCAGAAGACGAGAUUGAGAAAAUGGUCAAGGAAGCAGAGUUGCAUUCACAAAAGGAUCAGGAGAGAAAAGCUUUGAUUGAUGUACGGAACAGUGCUGACACUGCAAUAUACAGUAUUGAGAAGAGUGUGAGUGAAUACAAAGACAAGAUUCCUGCAGAAGUUGUAUCUGAGAUAGAAUCUGCAGUAGCUGAUCUAAGGAAAUCUAUGGCUGGUGAGAAUGUCGAUGAUAUAAAGGCAAAACUUGAUGCUGCAAACAAGGCUGUCUCUAAGAUUGGCCAGCACAUGAACACGGGUGGAUCUAGUGGUGCUGCUUCUGGUGGCGCUCAGGGCGAUCAUGCACAAGAGGCAGAAUAUGAGGAGGUCAAGAAGUAAGUUGAUGAUUUUUGUCCAUACUGCUUCAAGCUUAGGGUCUGAGACGUUGUUCCAUCUAUUUUUAAGUACGAAAUGCCCCUUGUUUCUAGACUCGCAGUGCAAUUUUGUAUGUAUUUCUGUAGGGAAAGGCUGUUAUGAGCCGUAGGCCCGAAAAAUCUGUUUGAUAGGGAUAGCAUACCCCUUUGAGAAUUAGAAUAAUGAUCCUUUUUUACAUUACGUGGUGCUUGACGAAAGCAAUGAAACAGGCCAAGUUUGCCGUCAAGCAGAUUAACACUUUCUGCGAAUUUUAGAACUUGUCCACUUGAAUAACCAAAUUCAUUUUCAAUUUCUAAAGAA